CAACGCGACUUUUAUGACGCCGAGAAGCUCGUCGACGCUUCCCACAAAACCGUGUGUGAACCGUGUUUAAUUCAAAGUAAUAAUGCUAACGUGCUAAGAAAAACUCGCCUUCUUUAGCUCGUGUCAGGCGUUCAACGCCUUCAAACAUCGCCCCUGUUCAUGUUCACUAACUUAUUGAGUUGUCGGGCCGUCGUCCUGUUUGUGUAAGUUUCGAAGUUGUGCUAUCUCUGUCACGGUGUCCAACAAUGGAGCGUUUCUGAUGAGUCAUCUAGACAGCUAGCGUAGCAUCAUCUCGCUGGAAGAUGUGUGGAGAUGAACGCACACCGCACUACCGCUGUUUGCCGACUCCCGCUGUGGAGCUACGCCAACAACUCGCUGGAAGGCAAAUCAAAGAUGAUGCUUGAUGUUUACGUCACGUGAGGGACGAUUUUCAAUUACCGUUACUGAUCAACCUGGCCAAUCAGCAGGCGAAUUUGGUGCUGACGCCAUCGGUGUCAGAAUUAAGACGCGGUUUUAUUUAUGGCCGUGAAGAGCGACGACGUAAAACUAUAAGUAUAUGAAGACUUUUAAGUCCACACAAUGACUGGACUAUGGAAGAGAGUGAAACUCAGAAUGACUGCGUUCAGGCGUGAAUUCGUCGGGUAGGGGCAGGAUGUUGCGGCUUCGCUGUAAAACUAAAAAUGGGAGCCACAUAAUGCAGGGCCUGACUCACCAGUCCUGUGUGCAAGAGCUGAAGAAAAAGGUGGAGGAGCUGACCGGGAUCCCGUGUGACGUGCAGAAGAUCAUGGUGGGUUACCCUCCGUCCAAUCUGGACUUGCGCAACGGAGCCGCUCACCUCAAGGACUACCCCAUCAAGUCAGGUGACACGCUGAUUGUAGAAGAAGACAACAAACCGAAGUCUGUAGAUCGUCCUGCCGUGACCUUACCUCCUCGACUGGACCUCGCCCCCAUCCUCAAGCGCCGGGUCGUGCCGGCCGACAACUCCUGCCUCUUCACAAGCGUGUACUACGUGGUGGAGGGUGGCGUCUAUGACCCCGCUUGUGCGCCCGAGAUGAGGGGCCUCAUCGCCCAAGUGGUGUCCAGCGACCCGACUGCGUACUCUGAAGCUGUUUUGGGCAAAAGCAAUGAGGAUUACUGUUCCUGGAUUAGACGCGACGACACCUGGGGCGGCGCCAUCGAGGUGUCCAUCCUGUCUAAGUUCUACCAGUGCGAGAUCUGCGUGGUGGACACUCAGACGGUGCGUGUGGAUCGAUUCGGGGAGGACGCCGGCUACCGCAAACGGGUGCUGCUCAUUUACGACGGCAUCCAUUACGACCCGCUUCAGAAAGAGACGCCUGGCUCCGACGCCCCGCCCCAGACUAUCUUCUCCACCACUGAUGACAUCAUCUUGGCCCAGGCCCUGGAGCUGGCCGACGAGGCUCGACGCAAGCGGCAGUUCACGGACGUUAACCGCUUCGCGCUGCGCUGCAUGGUGUGUCAGACAGGCCUGGUGGGACAGAAGGAGGCCCGGGAGCACGCCAAGGAGACGGGCCACACCAAUUUUGGAGAAGUAUAAUAUCGCUCACGCCAACAGCCACCAAACUGACUCCCCCUAUGUCAGGCAACUGUCCGUCUGUGUCCUCUACCUCACAGUCACUGACAUGACAUCUCAAGUCUGGUCAGUAUUACACACCUGCUGAGUUCUGCUGCCAUCUCGCUAUGAGACAGCUCCAGAACCAACUCGGUCCAAUAAACACUUCCUGCUAAACAAGUACGACGGCGGCUCAUCAGCUCCACUCGUGCGCGUGUGUGAUGGCACUCUUGACACUACUCACUGUCUUAAACGCCAUUUGACUGUUAUCCAUGACUUAGCGUGUUUUAGUUCCAACCCAGACUGAUCAAUGAGCCGUUUCAUUUUAGCCGACUUCUGAUUCAAACGUGCUGUUUACUGAGCUGCUGUGGCCUUCCAGGUUUGGUGGGUUCGUUUUGUUGAACCAUAUCACGGAAUCAGUAUCCUGCUUUGUUCACUCGUCUUGAGCUGAACGACCCAUUUGUGUGCUGUAACAUUUAGUUCGAGACGCCGGAGCGGACGCUAGGUGGCGCCAAAGUUAGAUUUUAAACCUUUUGGAAAAAACGAUAUUCUAGUGUUUACAAGUGGCGCUUGGGAUGAAGAUUUGUAUGUGAACUUCGAACAUCAGGUGUAGGGCGUUCUUUCUUUUUUUUUUUUAAACUCAAACAAAUUGCAUCAAAACUGGUGGGAACAAUGCAACUGUGAUCAAAUUGGAGAACUGACAUCGUGACGUUUCAUGCACAGGCUAAAGUUGAACAAUUGCAAACUUUGGCCCCAGACUCAGCUUUUUUUUGGUACAAUAUCGCAGUCCGGAGAAGUCGCUACAAAUGCUGAGUCACCAUUUUGGCUAGUGCUCAAGUAUUUUGUGGAAACUUGCAGAUGAGGUUUUUGCUGGUGUUAAGUGGUUAAUAAUUAUCUUCAAUAUGAUUUUGAAUGAACAUUGUCAUCAGUUUCUUUACGAUACUAAGUUCAGAAAAAGACAUGAUCAUAAAGCUUGAAGGACACUAGCGCAGUGAAAAUGAUCUUGCUGCAUGUUCAGCUCUGUUUAUCGCGACAGUUACCCUCAUUCAAUAUUGUUAUGAAACACAUCAGUCGGUCAUAUUUCUUCUGUUUCCUUCUGAGCUGUUGGAAGAAAUUAAAUGAUGGUGCUUGUAGUUACAUCCACGACAAAAAAAAUCUGAUUUCGGAACAGUAAAGGUCGAUAUUUUCAAACUGGAAUUUCAUCUACUUUAUCUUUUUUGUUUCAGCAAAAAGUCAAGACUAUAAUUGAUUUUUUUUUUUUUUGUAGCAAUAGUUAACCUCAGAAAUCCAUGACACUUCACCAACCCAUCACGUAUUAAACAUGCCAAAGUCCAAACAUUUUGUUCUUCACUCUGAUGCCCCUUUAAACACAUUUAAAGUGCUGAUAUUUUUCUUUUGAGUUGAUAACUUUUGUAUGAUUUGAAUCAUCAUGGUGCUAUGAGAAAGAAUCAUGUGGUUGCAUUCACUGUGUUUGUUUUUGUUUUUUUGCUGGUGCUUUAUAAUUAUGACUUCUGUGUAGCCAAGCAAUGUUACGUUGUGACGGUGGACGUUGUCGAUUUAAGCUACACAUCAGUGAAAAAUGUUCUCUCUAGUUCAAUAUCAGGAAUAAGCUCUCUUUGAGUCGUUCUUACUUUAGCAAUGAUUUCACACACUCUGUUUUUGGUUGUACAUGUGUGAUGUCAUUACCAACCCUCCCAUUCUUGGCUGUUACUUUUCCUGUUUACAUUAACAUCAAGCUGGCAAACAAGUGAAAUGGCUUUUUUUUUAAUAUCUCCAAGUUCUCAAGACUCUACAAGGACAUGAACGAAUGUUGCACUCAAAAGCACUACAAACUGGAGUAACUUGAUUUUGUCAGUGUUGUGACACAAAUAAAAGUCUUUCUGUACACACUA